CACUCUGCCUGCCCUCCGCUGUGAAACAGUUGUGUGUUGAUAAAGCUGACUGUGAUGUUUUUACAGUGGAUCAAUGGUCUGUGCUGAGUGGCUGCAGUCGGGUAGAGGUGGAGAUUUGACAUGAGAGUUCUGAACUUCCAGAAGUUCACACCGCUGGACAUCUGGUAGUUUUAGCAGCAGUUGGCACAGUGAUACACUGAAAUACAACGCAGGAGAAGCAUGAGGCAACACUGUGCUCUCAAACAUGGAAUACUUAAGGAAUUCCUGGCAGAAUUCCUGGGAACAUUUGUCUUGGUUCUGUUUGGCUGUGGCUCAGUCGCUCAGACCGUCCUCAGUCGAAACAGCCUUGGUGAACCUCUCACCAUCCACAUCGGCUUCUCUGUGGGACUAAUGAUGGCAGCGUAUGUGGCUGGUGGAGUGUCAGGGGGCCAUGUGAACCCUGCUGUGUCUCUGGCCAUGGUGAUUCUGGGAAAACUGAAGAUCUGGAAGUUUCCCUUCUAUGUCAUCGCUCAGUUUCUUGGUGCUUUUGUUGGCGCUGCUGCGGUCUUUGGGUUGUACUAUGAUGCUUUCAUGGACUUCACCAGUGGGAUUCUGUCAGUGACGGGAAUCAAUGCAACAGGUCACAUUUUUGCUUCCUACCCUGCGAGACACCUGUCAGUCCUCGGUGGCUUCAUCGAUCAGGUGAUGGGGACGGGUAUGCUGGUCUUGUGUAUCCUGGCUAUCAUUGAUGGUGGAAACAUUGGAGCUCCCAAAGGCGUGGAACCGCUGGCCAUUGGUCUGAUCAUCAUGGCCAUCGGUGUGUCCAUGGGACUGAACUGUGGCUACCCCCUGAACCCUGCCAGAGACCUGGGACCCCGACUGUUCACAGCUUUAGCAGGAUGGGGGAUGGAGGUCUUCAGCACUGCAGACUACUGGUGGUGGAUCCCCGUGGCGGGGCCUAUGGUGGGGGGCGUGGUCGCAGCCAUCAUCUACUACCUGUUCAUUGAGCUGCACCACCACCGUGAUGAGCCUGAGAAGCCCCAUGAGGAGGAGGAAGAAGAGGAGGAAGAUGAAGAGGACGAGGACAGCAGUCUGAAGGACAAAUAUGAGAUGAUCACCAUGAGCUAAAAAAAAAAGACAUUAACCUUCAGGACUAACUGUCCGAUCCAGCUGUUUAACUGUCAGUCAGGUGAAGAACAACCCAGCACAGCUUCCAUCUGUAAGGACAGGCUUCCUCUGUCUCUUUGGCAAACCCGUAGCAGGAUAGGCUGUAGUUACUCUUCUGAUUGGCUUUAUGCUCUGCAGAGACAAGCUUUUCAGCUCAGUGAUGGUAUUAGAACAUUGACAGGUCAAAACUUAAAGUAAAACAAAUUAGGAAACGUUUUAGACAGUAAAAACUGCAGCUAUAUUAAGCACUAUGGAUACUGUUGUGGUCUGUGCUGUUGGUAGAAAUACAUACAAGCAAAACUUUGCACUGUCUUUGUAAAAUACUAAACCCAUCAUCCAAACCAAUACUGGACUGUCUCCUUUGCAAUUUAACUUUUUAUGUUUUAUGUUUCAUAAACACACGAAGAUCUCAGUCCUGUGUACUUCACAUUGUUAUGACUUUUCAUAUAUAUGUUGUAAAUACUGUAUUAUAGAUAUUAGAUGAAAAGUACCCCGUUUUUUGGCUAUAUUCACUCAAACAAUUGGUACUGAACUAAUAGUUUCACAUGUCUUCUUUUAGGUUUGCUCCCAUUUUCUUUAGUGGUUGUAAUGAUCUGUAUAUUAACUUAAGGCUUUGUUUUUGUUCUAACUUAUUUAUUUUCUUCUUUUGCAAACCACAAGGAAUCCUCCCUUCUGUUCAUUAUUAAUAUUUGUAUUUCACUCACUGUUGUU